AAAAAAAAAAAAAAAAACCGUCACCGGUAUCUUUAAACCUUCUCCCAAUCGACUCAAAAUCUCACUAACAAUGGCGGUCCUAAUCCCAUACCAUCGGAGAGAAACCUCAACCUAAACAUAGAAAUGCGAAAACUUGACAAAGAAGAUGCAAGGACUUCAUCAUCAACAGCAACAAAUUGCGGCGCUUCUUUCCGUCGCCCUCGCCAAAGACGACGCUUCCUCUGCCACCUCUUCCGUCGCAACUUCUUCUACAACUGUAUUAUCAUCAUCAUCCUCUUCUUCUGUUAGGCAAGAUUCUGACGAGUCGGCUCGACUCAGCGCCAUCAACUCGCUCCAUCGACUCAUUCUCUACCCUCCCAAUUCAGUCCUUGUUUCUCACUCGGCUUCCUUUCUCUUUCAAGGCUUUUCUCAGCUUCUUACUGAUAAAUCAUACUCAGUCCGUCGAUCUGCAGCCACGACAUAUGGAGCGCUUUGUUCUAUAUUGUGUUUAAUGCAAUUAGGAUCUAGUGGCAGACAGAACCAUGUCGUGGGCACUUUGGUUGACCGCUUUUUUAAUUGGGCUUUGCCAUUGUCGAGUAAUGUUGCUGCUAAUGAUGGGUCAGUGGAGCUAGCUCUGGAAAGUUUACGAGAGUUCCUCUGUGUUGGUGAUGUGGGGGCAACAGAACGUUAUGCUUUUUCAAUACUUAAAGGAUGCCAAGGACUGCUUGAGGAUGAGAUGACCUCCUUGAACUUGCUGCAUCAGCUUUUGGGUGUUUUAUCUGUGAUAGCCUUGAAGUUUUUUAGAUAUUUCCAGCCCCAUUUUGCCGAUAUUGUUGACCUGCUUCUCGGAUGGGCUAUGCUUCCUGAUCUUGGUGAAUCUGAUAGACAAGUUAUUAUGGGCAGCUUUUUGCAGUUUCAAAAAUAUUGGGUGGUUAACUUGCAAUUUCCUUUGGGUUUGUUAUCCAAAUUCUUAGGUGAUAUGGAUACGUUACUUCAAGAAGGAAGUCCUGGAACUCAACAACAGUUUCGCAGACUGCUUGCUUUGUUUUCUUGUUUCUCUACUGUACUCAAAUCCACGGCUUCUGGGUUACUAGAAUUGAAUUUUCUUGAACAGAUAGUAGAUCCCCUUAGUAAAAUGAUUCCCCGGUUGCUGGGUUGCUUGUCCUUGAUGGGCAAAAAAUUUCAGUGGUCAAAGUGGAUUGAGGAUUCUUGGAGGUGUUUGACUCUCUUGGCUGAAAUAUUAGGUGAAAAGUUUUCCAUCUUUUAUCCUCUUGCUCUUGAUGUAUUGUUUUUGAGUCUGGACGUGGAUGAUGGAAUUAAACCUGAAGGAGGUGGGAUAAUAACGUCCUUUCAGAUUCACGGGGUUCUAAAAACUAAUCUUCAGCUUUUAUCUUUGCAAAAGCUGGGGCUUUUGCCCUCUUCUGUUAAUAAGAUUUUGCAAUGGAAUACUCCAAUAUCUCAGCUGCGUUUGCAUCCUAAUCACUUGGUGACAGCUAGUGCUGCUGCUACUUAUGUUUUCUUGCUUCAACAUGGGAAUGGUGAAGUUGUUGAGCAUGCAAUUAAUUCGUUGUUUGAAGAGUUAACUUUAUUGAUUGACAUGGUAGAAAAAUUUCUUGUGAGUAAAGAUGUAGAUAUUAACCAUCUCAGUUACAAUUCUUAUUCAAAGAUGGAAUUAUUUUCUUUGAUUAGGUUUGACUUGAAAGUCUUAUUAAGCUGUAUUUGCUUAGACAAGACAGAUAAUUUGGUUACACAACCUGACAUGGCUGAUUUGUUGCGUAAAAGAUCCGAACGUCUGGCAUCAUUCAUCAUCACAAAGCUGUAUCCUUUCCAGUUGUCUGUUAGAAGCUGUGUAGAGUUGAAAGUGGUCAUUCUGGAGACAUUAGGUAGAAUUUCUUCAGUUGAGCUGCUGAGUAAGUACACUAUUGAGUUUUCCAACAAAGAUUAUGUUGCGAAGACAAAGGAGGUUAUCAUGGAUCGUAAUUUCAUUGUUGAACAUUUAAGCAAAUAUACUAGCAUCCUUGUGAAAGCUCUUGAAGUUAAUUCUCCUCUUUCUUCUAAGAUUAAAGCCCUUGAGUGGAUUCAUAAAUUGUGUGAGGAUGCAAUUAGAAUAUAUGAAACUUCAAAUAUAAACAUGAAUCUUUAUGAAGAUGCUGGAAAUGCUUCUGUUGUCUUGACUCUGGUCUCAUCUGUACUGGGUGCUUCGUUCGAUAGAGAAGCAAAAGUGAGGCUGCAAAUGGCAACUGUAUUUGACUUACUUUUACGAGCUAAAUUAGUUCAUCCUAAACAUUUCUACCAGACAGCAGAACUGGUCCUUGAGAAGCUUGGUGAUCCAGAUACUACUGUAAGAAGUGCUUUUGUGAAGCGCCUUUGCCUUUUUUUCCCUGUUGCUGUCUAUCUCUGUGGUUUGUUGGAUUGUGGAACAGUUGCAACAGGCAGUUUAAAUUACCGAAAGACAGGAACUGGAACUGACUUGCCCUGGAGACAUGUUUUUGCCCUCAAGCAGCUACCACAGCGCCUGCAACCACAACAACUUGUUUCCAUUUUGAGCUACAUCUCGCAGCGAUGGAAAGUACCUCUUUCUUCUUGGAUUCAACGCCUUAUUCAACAGUGUAGCUGUGCAAAGGAAUUGACUCAAAGUCAGUUAGAGGAAACAGGAAAUUCCAGUGGUAACAGUUUAUGGCAGGACAUAAAAUUUGAGGUUGAUGUUUUUGAAAGAAUUACUUCAGUGAACAACUUAGCUGGUGUCUGGUGGGCUAUACAUGAAGCUGCUAGAUAUUGCACAGCCACUCGUCUUCGAACUAACCUUGGUGGACCAACUCAAACUUUUGCAGCUCUGGAGAGAAUGCUUCUGGAUGUGGCCCAUAUGCUUCGAAUUGAAAGUGAGCAAAAUGAUGGUUUAAGCAUAUUAGGUUCUAGUGGUGCCCACUUACUGCCUAUGCGGUUACUACUAGAUUUUGUUGAGGCUUUGAAGAAAAAUGUAUAUAAUGCUUAUGAAGGUUCUUCUGUGUUACCUUUGGCUUCUCGUCAGAGUUCCUUGUUUUUUCGAGCAAAUAAAAAAGUUUGUGAGGAGUGGUUUUCUCGCAUAUGUGAACCAAUGAUGAAUGCUGGGUUGGCAUUGCAGUGCCAUGAUGCUAUUAUCCAAUAUUGUUCUCUACGGUUGCAGGAGCUCAAAAAUUCUGUGGUUUCUUCUUUCAGGGGAAAAUCUCGAAAUCAGGUGACUGAGAACCCACACGAAUUAAGGGAAAGAUUGAUUGGGGAUACUAUGCGAACUGUACAGCAGAUGGCUUUGGCUCUGUCUAAGAAACAUGAGUCGGCAGCUUUGAUUGGCUUGCAGAAGUGGGUGUAUCUUAGUUUUUCUUCAUUGUUUGACGAAAGCAAACAGGUUGGUAAUAGCUAUCAUAUUUCUGGACCUUUUUCAUGGAUCACUGGUUUGGUACAUCAAGCAGAAGGGGAAUAUGAAAAAGCUGCUGCUGUCUUUACUCAUUUGCUACAGACUGAGGAAUUCCUUAGUUCUAUGGGAGCUGAUGGAAUACAAUUCAUAAUUGGGCGGGUGAUUGAGAGCUACUGUGCUAUUUCAGAUUGGCAUUCACUUGAUUCUUGGUUAAUGGAGCUACAAUCUUUACGAGCAAAGCAUGCCGGAAAAAGUUACUCAGGUGCUUUAACUACUGCUGCAAAUGAAAUGAAUGCAAUACAUGCAUUGGCUCAUUUUGAUGAGGGUGACAUUGGGGCAGCAUGGGCAUCCCUAGAUUUAACACCCAAAAGUAGCUGUGAACUUACACUUGAUCCCAAAUUUGCAUUGCAAAGGAGUGAGCAGAUGCUUUUGCAGGCAUUGCUUUAUAGAACUGCAGAUAAGUUGGAUAUGGUGACUGAUGAGAUGCAGAAGGCCAAAUUAAUGCUAGAUGAAGUUUUAACUGUAUUCCCACUUGAUGGAUUUCCAGAGACAGCACAAUAUGCCAUGCAUUUGCACUGCAUAUAUGCAAUAGAAGAGGAUGUCAAGUUUGGUAAAAUACAGGAAAAACCAAAAAAUUCUGAAUCGAUAUUGAAUUCUCUUUGCCAGGCAGUUUUUCUGCCUAUGAGUGUAGUUCACCAAGAUUGUAGCUUGUGGCUGAAGCUUCUCAGGGUUUACAAAACGAUCCUGCCUUCUUCGUCUGUUACCUUGCAACUGUGCAAGAACUUAAUGUCCUUAGCUCGCAAACAAGGAAAUUUGGGGUUGGCGAAUCAUCUUAAAAGGUAUCUCAGGGACCGAGUUGAUAACUGUUUGGAGGCAAGUAACCACCUGUUUCUAUCAUCAAGUUUGAAGUAUGAGGAAAUUCUGCUGAUGUAUGCUGAAAAAAAAUUUACGGAUGCAUUUGUGAAUAUAUGGUCAUAUGUUAAGUCUGACUUUAUUUCUUUAGAAACUUUAAAUUCUGCUGCAGAUGAUAGUCCAUUGAAGGCUAAGGCAUGUUUGAAAUUUUCAAAUUGGUUGAGGCAGGAUUAUCCUGAUUUUAGUGUAGAAAGUGUUGUUCUGGGUAUUCUUUCUGAAUUAAGCCAUUUUGUUGAUAGAAACGACUCCUUGGCAGAAGAAACGAUCAAACCACGCAUACAACUAGUUAUACAGGAAAUUUCUGGUGCAGCCACAAAAUUGUCAACACAACUUUGCCCAACUUUAGGGAAGUCUUGGAUUUCAUAUGCAUCUUGGUGUUUUUCACAAGCUAAAGACAAUCUUUGCCCAUCCCGGGGGACUGUCGUCCAUUCAUACUCUUUUUCUCCUCUUCUUGGUCAAGAUUUGGCUCCAAAUAUGUUUGGUUUGACAGAGGAUGAGAUAUCAAAAGUUGAAUCUCUAGUUUCAGAGCUUUUUUGCAAAAAGAAUUCAAGUGAAGAGAAAGAAAGAUAUUUUUCAAAUGAUGUCAAUAAUCUGAAUCAAUCAACAUCUUUGGUGCCAAAAAUAGUGAACAUAAUUGAAGCUGCAGCAGGAGCACCUGGUGUGGAAUAUUUUGGUGCUGAAUCUCUGUCAGAUGCUCUGUCUUCUCAGCUUCGGAUGACCUUUCUUGAUCACAAUAUUCACAUGGAAGAAAAACCUGUAUCAAUUUCUUUUAAUGCUUUGAUUGAUAUCUGGUGGUCUUUGAGGAAGAGAAGAGUUUCUCUAUUUGGACACGCUGCUCAUGGUUUUAUACAGUACCUAUCAUACUCGUCUUCAAGACUUGGUGCUUUUGCUUCCAUUGACCGUGAUUGUGGAUCCUUUAGCAAGAAAACUGGAAGUUUGAUCCUGAGGUCUACUUUGCACAUACUACACAUUAUGCUUAAUUUUGGUUUGGAGUUGCAGGAUACACUUGAACCUUCGCUUUCUGUAGUUCCAUUGUUGCCAUGGCAGGAAAUUACACCCCAACUCUUCUCUCGGCUAUGCUCUCAUCCAGAAGCCAAAACCAGGAAGCAGUUGGAAUCAUUGGUAAUGAGGCUGGCAAAGUCGUCCCCUUGGUCAGUAGUGUAUCCUACUCUUGUUGAUGUUAAUGCUUCUGAUGAAGAGCCUCCUGAAGAGCUUCAACGUAUUCUGGAUUGCUUGGUAAUAACAACUUACUAUGUAAUUUUGCAGCUUUGGGUUUUUUUCCUUCGUUUGAAAAUAUCACAUACGAAGCUUUAUCCGAGGCUGGUACAAGAUGUUAAACUUAUGAUAAAUGAACUGGGAAAUGUAACUGUUCUUUGGGAGGAACUAUGGCUUAGCACUCUCCAAGAUCUUCAUGGAGAUGUGUUUAGGCGGAUAAACUUGCUGAAAGAGGAAGCUGCAAGGAUAUCAGAAAAUAGUACUCUUACACACAGUGAGAAGAUCAAAAUUAAUGCUGCAAAAUAUUCUGCAAUGAUGGCCCCAAUUGUUGUGGCCCUGGAGCGUCGUCUUGCUCUAAUUUCUAGGAAAUCUGAGACGCCUCAUGAGAAAUGGUUCCAAGAUGAGUACAAAGAGCCAAUAAAGUCUGCCAUUUCAGCAUUUAAAACUCCCCCAUCAUCCUCUUCAGCACUUGGUGAUGUCUGGCGACCAUUCGAUAGUAUCGCUUCGUCCUUAGCAUCUUAUCAAAGAAAGUCGGCAGUUUCUUUGCAAGAAGUUGCACCACAACUGGCUUCUUUGUCAUCUUUUGAUAUCCCCAUGCCUGGGUUUGAGAAGCAAGUAAUGCUGUCUGAAUCGGACAGAGACUUGAGUAACACUUCCCUGGGCAUUGUGACAGUUGCUUCAUUCUCUGAACAAGUAGCUAUCUUGUCAACUAAGACCAAACCUAAGAAACUUGUUAUUUUAGGCUCUGAUGGUGGAAAUUAUACAUAUCUCUUAAAGGGAAGAGAGGAUUUACGACUUGAUGCUCGAAUCAUGCAACUUUUGCAAGCUAUUAACAACUUUCUUCAUUCAUAUACUGAAACUAGAAGACAAUCUGUUGGUAUUCGUUAUUAUUCCGUGACACCAAUAAGUGGCCGGGCUGGUCUCAUCCAGUGGGUGGAUAAUGUCAUAAGCAUUUACAGUAUUUUUAAAUCUUGGCAACAAAGAGUUCAAAUGGGUCAGCUUUUGGCUACUGGGGGCAGCAAUGUGAAAAAUGCUUCUCCUUCUCCUGUUCCGCGACCGAGUGACAUGUUUUAUGGAAAAAUAAUUCCAGCACUAAAAGAGAAAGGCAUAAAGAGAGUUAUUUCAAGAAGAGAUUGGCCUCAUGAAGUCAAGCUUAAAGUUCUCUUGGAUCUUAUGAAAGAAACCCCCAGGCAGCUUCUACAUCAAGAAAUCUGGUGUGCAAGUGAGAGUUUCAGCGCUUUCAGCUCAAAACUGAAGAGGUAUUCUGGUAGCUUAGCUGCAAUGAGUAUGGUGGGCCACAUCCUUGGUCUUGGGGAUAGACAUUUGGAUAACAUUCUGAUAGAUUUCUUUAGCGGGGAUAUUGUACAUAUUGAUUAUAAUGUGUGCUUUGAUAAAGGACAGAGGUUAAAAGUUCCAGAGAUUGUGCCAUUCCGCCUUACCCAGACACUUGAGACUGCUCUAGGGUUGACAGGAUUGGAAGGAGGUUUCAGAAAAAACUGUGAAGCAGUAAUUAGUAUACUAAGAAGGAACAAAGAUUUGCUUCUCAUGUUAUUGGAGGUCUUUGUGUGGGAUCCACUGGUGGAGUGGACACGUGGGGAUUUUCAUGAUGAUGCUGCCAUUGGUGGUGAGGAAAGAAAGGGAAUGGAAUUGGCAGUUAGCUUGAGUUUAUUUGCUUCUCGUGUGCAAGAGAUGCGUGUUCCCUUACAGGAGCAUUAUGACCAAUUACUUGCAACAGCUCCAGCCGUUGAAUCUUCAUUUGAGAGGUUUUUGAAUAUCUUAAACCAGUACGAGGUUGUCUCGGCUAUAUUUUUCAGUGCUGACCAAGAUAAGUCUACUCGUCUUCAUCACGAAACAUCUGCUAAAUCUCUUGUUGCAGAAGCAACUUCUCACGCGGAGAAAGCUCGUUCCUUUUAUGAACUUCAGGCUCGGGAGUUCACUCAGGCUAAGGCUAUUGUUGCUGAAAAAGUCCAAGAAGCAACUAAUUGGUUAGAGCAACAUGGAAAAUACAUUGAUGCUUUACGGAAUGACACCAUUUCUGAAAUCAAAGCCAGCCUAAAGCGUAGUAGCAUGGAAGAUGGCUUAUCUCUUAUCUCAGCUGUUUCAGUAGCAGGGGUUCCAUUGACUAUUGUUCCUGAACCCACACAAGCACAAUGCCAUGAAAUAGACAGGGAAAUUUCUCAAUCCAUAGCAGAGCUGGAUUUUGGAGUUUCUUGUGCUAUUACAACACUUGAAGCAUAUGCUCUCGCUUUGCGAAGAUUCUUACCCUUGAAUUAUAUUGCUACAAGCCCUGUGCAUACUUGGGCACAAGUCUUGCAACUUUCUGUCAAUACACUUUCUCCUGAUAUCCUUUCCCUGGCUAGAAGGCAGGCUGGUGAGCUUGUUUCAAAAAUACACGGGGAAGGUCGUGAUUUUGUGAGGCAUCGCCGGGAUGAUCUCUGUCUCAAACUAAAUAGGUUUGCUCUAGAGUUAGAGAAACUUGAAGAGGAGUAUGCUGGACUUGUUAACUCUAUUGGCUCGGAAGCAGAAUUGAAGGCUAAGGGUCGUAUCCUUACUGCAUUUCUAAAGUAUAUGAAAUCCAGUGGCUCUGCAAGGAAUGAAGACCUAUAUCCUUCUCUACCACACAUGCAUUUUGUAUCUGAGGGUGAUAAAGAUACCAAAGGAGAAGCUCAUAUGAAAAAGGAGAGGAUGUUGUCUGUUCUAUAUUCAGCCCUAUGUUCUGUUUAUGAUGAUGUCAAGUAUAAGGUACUCAACUUAUUUGACGAGUCAAAUGCUGCGGGAAGUGUGGGCCGUCUACCUCAAUCUUACUUUGGAUUUAUAUUGUGUGAGCUAGAAGAGCAAAUAGAAAAAUGUGUACUGGUUGUUGACUUCAUUAUUGAGCUAAAACAUUCUGUUAUUAAUGAUGCUGCUACCGGUAAUGUAGAAGUUUCUAACAAGAAUUGGGCUUCAACUUUUAAAGGCACAUUGUUGUUUUGUAAAGAGUUUGUUGUACAUCUCAGUGAAGCAAUUUUACCAGAGUUGAUCGAAUCAAUUGUUUCGAUUGAUUCAGAUGUGAUGGAUGCAUUUGGGGCCUUGUCCAAUAUUCGGGGUUCUAUUGAAACUGCAUUGGAGGAGCUUGUUGAGGUUAAAAUGGAGAGGGCAUCACUAGAGGAACUGGAAAGGAGCUACUUUGUGAAGGUUGGUUUCAUCACAGAGCAACAAUUGGCUCUUGAAGAAGCUGCUAUGAAAGGAAGGGAUCAUCUUUCUUGGGAGGAGGCAGAAGAACUUGCUUCUCAAGAAGAAGCUUGUAAGGCACAACUAGACCAACUUCACUACACAUGGAACCAAAAGGAUGUGCGUAGCUCCUCUCUAAUCAAAAGAGAAGCUAAUAUUAGAGAUGGUUUAAUUUCUUCAGAGCACCAUUUUACGUCCCUGCUUAGUCCCAAGGAGGAGAGGGGGGUUCAUGGUUUCAGAAGCAACACACUAUUAUCGUCUAUGGACCGACCUUUCUCCGAAUUAGAGUCUCUAGACAGAGCACUCCUUUCUUAUUGUGAUCCGGUUUCUUGUCAAUGCGAUAUUUCCAAGUUGGCUAAUUUUCUCAAUUCUGGAUGCCAAAUGUCUGAAUACAUUUGGAAAUUCAAAGGAUUGUUGAAUGAUCUAGAUUUCUUUGCUUGGAAAAUUGCAGUUAUGGAUUUUAUCCUUGAUUUGAUCAUUAAUGAUGUCUCUUCAUCUAUUGAUCAGAAUUUGGGUAUGGAUCAGCUUAUUGAUGCCAUCAAAAAAAAGUUGGUGGAACAUCUCCAGGGUGUGAUGAGCGUAUACAUUAAAGAGCGAAUUGCUCCAGCAUUAAUUCAUUGCUUAGAUAAUGAGGCUGAGGGCUUAAAGCAACAGAUGGAAGGGUUUAAAGAGCUUGGUUUUGAGCAAUUGGGGAAGGACGUUAGUGGUGAGAAAAGGGUGAAAUUGAUGCUUGAAGAAUACUGCAAUGCACAUGAAACUGUCAGAGCAGCAAGGUCAGCUGCAUCUCGCCUGAGGAAACAAGUGAAUGAGUUGAAGGAGGCUGCUAAAGGAACUACUUUAGAGAUUAUUCAAAUAGAAUGGAUGAAUGAUAUGACCUUAUAUCCUUCACAUGAUGCAAGGAACAUAGCUCAUAAGUUUCUAGAAAAUGAUGAUAAGAUCUAUCCUCUUGUCCUAGACAUCAACCGACCUAAUUUGUUGGAAAACAUGCAAACUGCUGUCUCUAAGAUAACUAGUUCUAUUGAACGCUUGCAGUCUUGUGAAAAGAGCUCUAUUACAGCUGAGGGGCAACUAGAAAGAGCUAUGAAUUGGGCCUGUGGUGGUUCAAGUUCUAGCAUAACUGGUAAUUCCUCCUACAAGAGUGCUGGCAUUCCUGCAGAGUUUCAUGAUCAUUUAAAGCAGCGAAGAAUGCUGCUGCAGGAUGCUGGAGAAAAGGCUACUGACAUUAUGAGAGUUGCUUUAUCAAUUCUGGAGUUUGAAGCAUCAAGAGACGGAGUUCUUUGUAUUCCAGGUGAAAUCUCCCCUUUCAGAACUGGUGGAGAUGGAAGAGCAUGGCAGCAAGCUUAUUAUAAUGCAUUAACAAGGCUGGAAGUCACUUUCCAUUCUUACUCUCGAGCUGAACAGGAAUUGAAGUUAGCGAAGAACAGCUUGGACGCUGCCUCCAAUGGUUUAUUUUCUGCCUCAAAUGAACUCUCAGUCGCUUCUCUAAAAGCAAAGUCAGCAUCAGGGGACUUACAAGCUACUCUGCUUCAAAUGAGAGAUUGUGCACAUGAAGUUAGCAUCGCACUCUCUGCUUUUUGCCAUGUUGCAAAGGGUCACACAGCUUUGACUUCUGAAUGUGGUUCAAUGCUUGAAGAGGUGCUAGCUAUAAGUGAUGGUCUUCACGAUGUGCAUAGCUUGGGAAAGGAGGCUGUAGCUAUGCAUUCUACCCUUAUGGAAUCAAUAUCAAAGGCAAGUGAGAUAAUCUUUCCCCUUGAAUCAUUAUUGUUCAAGGAUGUAGCUGCAAUGACUGAUGCUAUGGCUAAGGAAAAAGAGAACAAUAUGGAGAUAUCUCCACUCCAUGGACAAGCCAUAUACCAAUCUUAUUAUCCAAGAAUUAAGGAGGCUUUCCAGGGUUUUGAGCCCCUGGUACCAUCUUUAGUGUCGUCUGUGAAGGAACUGUACUCUUCUCUGAAUAAGCUUGCUCACUCUGCAGGUCUCCAUGCUGCUAAACUGCACAAGGCAGUUGAAGGUAUAGAAGGUAGCCUGGAGGCAAGGUCACAGGAACUUAAUUUGUCAGAAACUAAUUUUUCAAGGGAAGACCUCAUUGACAGUUCUCCUGCAUAUGAUGACAUGGAUGCGGAUAAUUUGGAUGAACCUGAUGGAGAGAGAGACGGAACUUUGGUGGGUGUCAACUCUUUGUCUGUGGAAGAUAAAGGAUGGAUCUCUCCUCCAGAUAGUAUCUACAGUAGCAGCUCUGAAGGGGGCAAUGUUUCAGGGGAAGCCAGUCCGUCAAAUAGCUUUGCUCUCCAAGAAGCUGUGGAGCAUCUUUCAAUUAACUCCAUCAAAGAAAAUGGAGAGCACAAGGAUCAACCUCUUCAAUUCUCUGAGACCAGUCAACUGGAUAUCUGGCAUGCUGAAUUCUCAACUGAGAUGGACGCAAAGGAUAAUGGCACUAAUUUUCCAUUAGAUGUACAGUCUAAUGUCCCGAAAGGCGAUGUUUCUUUAAAAGUGUCAAUUGAUUCACUUCCUCUUGUGUUAAAAGAAGAGAACUUGAAUAUGAAUCUUGAUGGUAGAGAUGAAGCAACCUCAAAAAGAGUUGGAGCUCUAGAUGACAGUCAGAAUGAUCGUUUUAAGAAAGGAAGUGUGCGAGCAAUCAGAGGUAAAAAUACUUUUGCUAUGUCAGUCUUGAGGCGUAUUGAAAUGAAAUUAGAUGGACAAGAUAUUUCUGAAAAAAGAGAAUUGAGUAUUGAAGAGCAGGUAGAUUAUCUGCUGAAGCAGGCUACUAGUGCAGAUAAUCUCUGUAACAUGUAUGAAGGCUGGACUGCGUGGAUUUGAAAUGGAAAAAAGAUGCUUUUUUAAUAUUAUAUGGUGUUCAUCCACAUCAAUACCUGUCAUCUGGUUGGCCUUGCAGGCUUUUGACAUGAGCAGCUUAGGGAUAAACCUGCUACUCUGCCUCUAUUUGUGCCCAAAAACAAGAACACAUACUUUUGGGAGAGAUCUAGACCUUGUUUGAGUGGGUAUAAAUGGGGAUAAAGGAGCUUUGAUCCAUUUGUAAAAACAUUGAAAGAGCCAAAAUGCUCCACUUUUGGUGGAAAGACUUUUCGGCUGCUGUUGAGCUCAUAUUCUCCCCAGUCCCCACCACCAGAGUAUAGCCUAAGCUUUUUAUUUGAAAUGAAAGAUGAUAUUCGGUUAUUCUCUGUGGUCGGAGCAUUUACAUUGGAGCAGUUCUUUCACAGUCUUCGAUUGCUUGAAGAUCCAAGUAGAGGGUUCAUUAAUUGCUUCUUGCAAGCCAAUUUUUCUCCUUAUAAUUAGGGGACUAGGGAUAUAGUGUGUUCCGUAGUUGGGAGAUUAUGGAGCAAAAGCUUGUGGGUUUUAUGCGACUUUGGUUGAGUUUGUUGUUCAUAGAAGAUCCCGAACUUAAACCAAAUUUCUGUGACCUCUGUAGAUACCUGUAAAGAAGUACUGUACUGCAUCAUACUGCUCUCGCCCAGCUUCCUUCCGUGGCAGCCCUUUAACCGUCGAAGCUACCCGCCUAUCUGCACUGUUUCAAACGGUGAAAGAAUUCCUUUAAUCACGAGGCUGUCUCUUCCUCGUCUAAUAACUUUGUUCGUAUCUGCAGUUGUAAAAGAUUCGUAUUCUCACUACUUUUUUGAUAGGAUUACUUGUAAAGCUAGACCGCAGUAGGUAAUAUAUGACGCAAAAAUUCUGGCUACCAUUUUUUGGGAUUUUUACCCCAGUCCUCAAAGAAGUUGACUUGGAUAUAAGUCAUUAACUUAUCGAUUGGAUUGAAGACUCAAGUCUUGUUACAUACAAUACAAUUUACUUUACCCCAACAUUUUGAGCCCACUGUUAAGAAAAUUAUAUAGUUGUACCUUUUUUUAAAAGUUUGAAAUUGCUUGCAUGUAAAUGAAUGCGACAAAUUUUGAG